AUGUUGCGAACUCUAGCAGCUAUAUCCUUCUUCGCUCUGCCAUCAUUGCAGAGCGCAGUCUCAAAGAAAUUUGUACCCCUCAAGUUUGCCAAGGAUGGCACCUUCCAGAUCUCGAUUCUUGAAGAUCUUCACUUCGGAGAGAAUGCUUGGGACACAUGGGGUCCGGAACAAGACGUUAACUCCGUGGCUGUAAUCAACCGAGUUCUCAACGCUGAAUCGCCCGACCUGGUCGUUCUCAACGGCGAUUUGAUUACUGGCGACAAUGCAUUCCUGGAGAACAGCACUGUUUACAUCGAUGAGAUCGUCGCCCCACUCGUUGAUCGUGGUUUGACCUGGGCCUCUACCUACGGUAAUCACGAUAGUGCUUACAACCUCUCCCGUGAAGCGAUUCUAGCUCGGGAGCACCGCUGGCCUAAUUCGAGAACUAAGCAGAUGGUCUCCGGUCGCGAGGCUGGUGUUUCGAACUAUUACCUCCCUGUCUAUGGGUCUAAGGACGAGAGCUCUACACCCGAGCUGCUGCUUUGGUUCUUUGAUAGCCGCGGUGGCUAUUAUUACCAGGAGCUGGAUUCAAAUGGAGAUGAGGUUGCUCAGCCGAACUGGGUUGAUGUCAGCGUUGUGAACUGGUGGAAGAAGACUAAUGCGGACCUUGUUAAGAAGUAUCACAAGGAGAUCCCAUCUCUUGUUUUCGUGCAUAUUCCCACGAAUGCGUCCUUAGCCGCGCAGACGGAGAUUGGGAUCAAUCUGAACCGUGAACCGGGUAUCAAUGAUGAUUACACCCUUGCGCAACAGGGUGAGGGAUGGUGUGCCGACGGCAGCGAUGCUAGCACCUGUGUUUACGGUGGACAGGAUGUGCCAUUCAUGAAAGCUCUUGUUGAUACGCCUGGUGUCCUUGCCGUGUUCUCGGGUCACGAUCACGGUGAUACUUGGUGCUACAAGUGGGAUAGUCUGAUUUCCGGCAUGUCUGUCAAGGGUAAUGGUGUCAAUCUUUGCUUUGGACAGCACUCUGGAUAUGGAGGGUAUGGAAGUUGGAUUCGUGGAUCGAGACAGAUUCUUGUGUCCGAGGAGAAGUUGAAGAAGAGCGUGAUUGAUUCUUGGAUUCGACUGGAGUCCGGGGAUAUUUCAGGCGCUAUUUCGCUGAACUCGACAUAUGGUGAGGAUACCUAUCCUGCGACAGUGGAUCUGGAUUCAUCUUGCCCCACUUGCAACUAUACCCUUUACUCGUCCUGA